UUCCGGUUUGUUGACGUACAUGCUUUGUGAGCAGACAGCUGUUUAUUUGCCGUAUUUUUAAUUGUACAGGCAAAAUGCCGUACAUUACAUCAUGGGAUGACUUUUCGAAAGCUGCAGAACGAUUAUAUCUGAAAGAUCCCUCAAAGUGUAGAUUUGUUACCAAAUACAGACACUCAGAUGGCAAAUUGAAUGUAAAGAUUACAGAUGAUUCAGUGUGUAUACAAUACAGAACAGAGCAUGCACAAGAUGUUAAGAGACUUGAAAAAUUGACAAAUCAGUUAAUGAGACACAUGGCUUCAAAGGAAAAAUAGAAUUAUGUGUUAUAAUGUCAAAUAAAUUAUACUGUAACUUCAGAAUGUUGGGGAAGCCAAGAAUAGGAAAGAUAACCAUUCAUUACUUAGAAAACUGGAGUAUGUAAUAAACUGGAGUCUGUGGUUUUCUGAUCAUAUGUUCUAAUGUACAGUGUUGUGUAAUAACGAAUUGUAUUUUAUCAUGUUCUGUUAUUCUGUAGAUCAUGAACAUUUGAAGAAAGGUAAUUUGUUUAUAUAGUAUAUUUCCGAAAUAUAUAACUUUUAUAAGAAUCCCAGGAUAUAUAACAUAGUUUUUUUAUUUCAUGUAAUGUUUGUAUUUGUUUAUGGUAAAAGAAAAUGACAACUUUCAUAAAUGUAAAAUGCCACCACACAGUUAGUAAUGCAUUUUUUUUAAUAUCUUGACAGUAUAUUAAUGAUUACAUCUGUCUUAAGUUUACAUGUUGCUGUACGAACUAGUCUAAUUCUGUAGGGGUAAUUGGGGGAAAAGGGAGGAAGGAGACAGGUUUUAAAAAUAUAAAUACAAAAUACUUUUUCUUGGAGAAGCAGAAUUAUUUGUCAGAACAUUUUAAUGGAUCUUAUACAUGUAAAAUCAUUCAUAGAUUGAUAGAGAAACUAUUGGUGAAUAACUUUUGUAGCUUUUCUACAUGUUCUAUGUAUGUAUGAUAAAUAAAGUAAAACAGUUUUUCACAA